CCUCUGCCGAGUUUGCCGCGAGAGCAUCAGACUGCACCUUUUCCUCCUCAGGAAGACGGGGGGAGAGAGAGGGGGGACAGAGAGACACCAGGGCAGACAGAGAGAGUGAGCUCGAGAGAGAAACAGCACAUUGUCGCCUUCAGGUGAACCGGUUCUGUUUGCCCACCAGGCGCGAGGCUGCUCCCUCUGCUCUUUCCUGGAGUCAAGAUUCAUCUUAAAUGGGAAGGGAAGUCGAUGAGCCGUGCGCCGCACUGCUGCCCCGAACCUCAGGAUGCGCGCGAGGUCACGGGAGAGAGUGAUGACGUGACAGUGAGGGACACACAUACCUCAACAGCUUGCUUUUUCACAUACACACACACACAUACACACACACACACACACAGACAUAUUUACCCACACACUUUGUCUUGCCCCACUAAGUCAGGAAGGAGGGGGAGAAAAUUCUGCUAUGACGGUGUCAUUUCUCUCCAUUAUAGGUGUGUGAGCUGUACACACACACACACUCACACACAUACACUCAAACUCCAUUGGGAGUUGCCUGCAUGGCGGAAAAGGCCCUAUCUAGGACACGAAGAUGGAGUUUGCAUCGUAUUUGUCUCACAUCUAACAAAGACGAGCAAGUACACAUAACUGGAAACUGAUGUCUGAAGUAAGGAAUGGAAGGCUGAAAGGAGAGGAGAUGCUGAACGCCAGACAAGCACCAAGAUAAGGCGGAAGAAGAUGUUCAAAGAGUGCUGAGAGGACGGAGGUUGCUGCUGCCUGACCCCCACCCCCAUCCCUAGAGUUCCAGCAACACUUCCCUUACAGAAGGCACUGCAAAGUUCCCCAGAGACACCUGUAACGUGUUCCACGAAGCGUCCUACAGUUGUCAUCAUGAGCUGUAGGCUGGAGGGAACACCCCAGCUCUAGCCUCUAUCUUCUUUUGUGUGUGAGUGUGAGAGCGAGUGUGUGUAUGAGUGUGAUGGCAGUUUGCGUUUGGGCGGCAGCCCCCCUGCUCUUCCUGGGGCUGUGCCUGUGCAGUGUAGGGGGCCAGGCCCAAGGAGAGGUCCUGGAGUUUGGGGGCGUAUCCAGUCAGUGGGGGCGGUUUCCAGUGUGGAAUGCCUGCUGCGAGAGUGUGCUGAGUUUCAGCCUGCGGACUCACAGCCAGGAGGGCCUGCUGCUCUACCUGGAUGAUGAGGGAUUCUGCGACUUCCUGGAGCUGCUGCUUCUCCAUGGCCACCUUCGCCUACGCUUCUCCAUCUUCUGUGCUGAGCCAGCCGAGCUGCAGUCAGGCGUGGCGGUAAAUGAUGGACGAUGGCACGCUGUGCGUGUCAAGCGGGACUGGAGGAACACCUCAUUGGAGGUGGACGGGCGACUGGAAGGGUGGGCGGAAGUGAAGAGUAAGAGAAGAGACAUGACGGUUUUCAGUCACACAUACAUAGGCGGAUUAUCACCGGACCUCCACUCCUCGCCCCUACGCCUCACCUCACCUUCAGUGCGGGAACACGCCGCCUUCCGUGGCUGGAUCACGGCAGUGAGCAUCAAUGGCUCACUGGUGGCGCUGGACAGCUCAGAGGGCAUCACGGUAACAGCUGGUUGCGGGCCAGACCACCAGUGCCAGAAUGGAGGGGUGUGCAGCGUGGUGAACGACCAGGCCGUUUGCGACUGCUCCGACACCGGUUUCCAAGGCAAUGACUGCAGUGAAGAGCACAGCUACACUCCAGGUCUGGCACACCUGAUGAUUGGCGACCAAGCGCGCGAGGAAUACGUUGCCACCUUCAAAGGCUCCGAGUUCUUCUGCUACGACUUGUCGCCCGACCCCAUCCAGUCUAGCAGUGAUGAGAUCACGCUGUCCUUCAAGACGCUGCAGCGCAACGGCCUGAUGCUGCACACGGGCAAGUCCGCAGACUACGUCAACCUGGCACUAAAGAACGGUGCUGUAUCCCUAGUCAUUAACCUCGGCUCCGGGGCCUUCGAGGCCUUGGUGGAGCCCGUCAACGGCAAGUUCAACGACAACGCCUGGCACGACGUCAAAGUCACCCGCAACCUGAGACAGCACUCAGGCAUUGGACACGCUAUGGUGACGAUCUCCGUGGACGGAAUCCUGACCACAACGGGCUACACGCAAGAAGACUACACCAUGCUGGGCUCUGAUGACUUCUUCUACGUGGGAGGGAGUCCCAGCACUGCUGACCUGCCUGGUUCUCCUGUCAGCAACAACUUCAUGGGCUGUCUGAAAGAGGUGGUGUACAAGAACAACGAUGUGCGGUUGGAGCUGUCUAGACUGGCUAAACAGGGAAGCCCAAAGAUGAAGGUUAGUGGUGUGGUGUCCUUUAAGUGCGAGAGUGUAGCAACGCUAGACCCAGUGACCUUCGACACCCCAGAGUCAUUUGUAGCGCUAAGCAAGUGGACGGCAAAGAAGGCGGGAUCCAUCUCAUUUGACUUCAGGACCACAGAACCCAACGGACUGAUGCUUUUCAGCCACGGAAAACCCAGACAACUACAACGCAAGGAUCCACGCACCCCUCCUACCAUCAAAGUGGAUUUUUUUGCCAUUGAAAUGCUGGAUGGACACCUGUACCUGCUGCUGGACAUGGGGUCAGGGACCACAAAGACGAAGGCCAUUGACAGAAAGGUGAACGAUGGAGAGUGGUAUCACGUUGACUUCCAGAGAGACGGACGCUCAGGAACUAUCUCGGUGAACAGUCUGAGAACGGCGUACACGGCCCCGGGAGACAACGAGAUCCUGGACCUGGAUGACACCUUGUACCUGGGGGGACUUCCUGAGGAUCGAGCGGGACUCAUCUUCCCUACAGAGGUGUGGACGGCGCUACUGAACUACGGCUACGUUGGCUGCAUCAGAGACCUGUUUGUGGACGGUCAGAGUAAAGACAUCCGGCGUCUCGCUGAGGCCCAGAGGGCGGUCGGCGUGAAGCCCUCCUGCUCCAGAGAGCCUCCCAAACAGUGCCUGUCCAACCCCUGCCAGCACAACGGCGUCUGCAGGGAGGGUUGGAACCGUUACGUCUGUGACUGCUCUGGGACCGGAUACCUGGGACGCUCCUGUGAGAGAGAUGCAACCAUCCUCUCGUAUGAUGGGAGUAAGUUUAUGAAGGUGCACUUGCCUGUGGUGAUGCACACCGAAGCGGAGGACGUCUCACUGCGCUUUCGCUCCCAGCGGGCCUAUGGCGUUCUCAUGGCAACCACAUCCCGUAACUCCGCUGACACUCUUCGUCUGGAGCUAGAUGGGGGUCGUGUCCGACUCACUGUAAACCUAGACUGUAUCAGGAUAAACUGUACAGCCAGUAAAGGCCCAGAGACCAUCUUUGCUGGGUCAAGCCUCAAUGAUAAUGAAUGGCACACAGUGAGGGUGGUCCGACGCGGCAAGAGCCUGAAACUCACCGUGGAUGACCUGCAGCCUGUUGAAGGUCAGAUGGCGGGCGACCACACCCAGCUCGAGUUCCACAAUGUGGAGACGGGCAUCGUGACGGAGAAACGCUUCAUGCCCGCCGUGCCCUCCAAUUUCAUCGGCCACCUGCAGGGCCUGACGCUUAAUGGCAUGCCCUACAUUGACCUGUGCAAGAAUGGCGACAUCGACUACUGUGAGCUCAAUGCCGUCAUCGGCUACAAGAGCAUCGUGGCUGACCCCAUCACCUUCCGCUCCCGCUCCAGCUUUGUCACACUGCCCACACUGCAGGCCUACUACUCAAUGCACCUCUUCCUGCAGUUCAAGACAACAUCCCCCGAUGGUCUCAUUCUCUUCAACAGGGGAGACGGCAAUGACUUUAUAGUCGUAGAGCUGGUUAAAGGCUACCUUCAUUACAUCUCUGACUUGGGCAAUGGAGCACACUUGAUCAAGGGCAACUCUAACAGUCCUCUUAACGACAACCACUGGCAUAAUGUGCACAUUUCCCGGGACACUAACAACCUGCACACAGUCAAGAUUGACACCAAAGUUACCACACAGACCACGAUGGGGGCCAAGAACCUUGACUUAAAGGGUGAUCUCUACAUUGGGGGAGUUACGAAAGAGAUGUACCGAGAACUGCCUAAAUUGGUCCACUCUCGCGAGGGAUUUCAAGGUUGCCUAGCAACAGUUGAUCUGAACGGCCGCCUCCCAGACCUUUUGGCUGAUGCCUUGGCAACUAUUGGACAAGUGGAGAGAGGUUGUGAAGGUCCCAGCACCACGUGUCAAGAAGAUUCCUGCUCAAAUCAGGGUGUCUGUUUGCAGCAGUGGGAGGGGUUUACCUGUGACUGCAACAUGACCUCAUACGCUGGGCCACUGUGCAACGAUGCUGGGACCACUUAUAUCUUUGGUCGUGACGGAGGGUUGGUUAUUUAUACAUGGCCUCCUAAUGAGCGUCCCAGCACCAGGGCAGACCGGCUCGCCCUCGGAUUCAGCACCCAGCAGAAACAGGCCAUUCUGCUCCGAGUGGACAGUGCCUCUGGUCUCGGAGACUACCUUCAGCUACAAGUAGACAAGGGCAACAUUAGGGUGGUGUUUAAUGUUGGCACUGAUGAUAUCAAUAUCGAGGAGAGCUCCAAGUUUGUCAAUGACGGGAAGUACCACAUAGUUCGAUUUACCCGCAGUGGUGGCAAUGCAACCCUCCAACUGGACGACCUGCCGGUCAUAGAGCGGUACCCCUCAGGCAACAUUGAUAACGAGCGCCUGGCCAUCGCCAGACAGCGAAUCCCCUAUCGGCUCGGUCGAGUAGUUGACGAUUGGCUACUCGACAAAGGUCGCCAGCUGACCAUCUUUAACAGCCAGACGACGGUGCACGUUGGCGGAGGCGAACAGGGUUCACCUAUGUUCCAGGGGCAGAUGUCUGGUCUUUAUUACAACACCCUCCAUAUCCUCAACAUGGCCGCAGAGGGACACCCGCACAUCAAAGUCGAGGGCAGCGCGCGAUUGGUCGGCGACAUGCCAUCCUCCUCCAUCACCCCGCAGUCCAGUGCUGCCGCUGGAGGCAACCGCUCUGACUCCGCCCCCUCCAUCAGUGACAUCACAACCACCACAGCCACAA